ACACACAGCUCUCAAGCAGAGUCACAGCUCAUGGCCCAGGUCAAACAAAAGGAGAGGGCUCUGGCAUCUCCAGCUUGCUGCUUAUAUAUGGCGGCUGACGAGCCCCAACACACUUCACCUGCAGCAAUCAGGUAGAGCUGAAACAGAAAACACAGAGCUCUCUCAAAGAAAGAGAGCCCCUAGAGGUCAGUGACCGUAACAAGUACCUUAAAAAGUAUGAAUGUCCACAUGCUUGUUCAUUCACAUUACAAUCACAGGCUUUAAUACAUUUUAUUGGAAGUUUGUGUGUUUGAUUUUUAAAAACUGAUAAGUGUGGCAUGCACUUGUUUUCUAAUUUAGUACAGCCAAAUGCCUUCAAAAAAGAAAAUGUAUUUUUAUUAAAUCCAGUGAGUUAUUCAGAACAAAUUGUUAUUUAAUAAACAAAAUCAAUCUGUGAAUAAUUUAAUCUGAGUAUAAAGCAGUCCCUCAAAGACUUCCUGAUUGUUUGUUUGAUUUGUUUUAAUCAAAAUCAUUUUGAAUGUGAUGCUACUUUAGAAACAUUUGUGAGCAAUUUAGUGAUAUUUUUCCCUGAUUACCUCCUUUUCUAAAUUCUGCAUUUAGAAGAUAAAAGAUGAGAAAAAUAACAGACAGAUGGGACUCAAACAUUUUCAUUCUUAAAGGCACAGCUCCAUGUUUGCUAAUCGUCACAUCGAUCACAGACUAUAAAUGCAGACGUAAGAAAUCCUGCCACCUGCAGAUGGGCGUUAUUUAAAUGAGUAAUUUAAAUUGAAUGUUUUAAUCAUUUUUAUGGCAAAAAAUUGGUAGAAGCAUAAACUUAUUUUUACACCCACCUCUCUUACAACACUAACAUCAUCCAAUAAAUUACUGUUCAGGUUAACUUGGUUGUAACAUUCUGUUUUAGUUGGUAUUUUCUACAUCCAUAUCUAUUCAUAUUUUCAUAUUUUCAUGUCUGCCAUCGCUGUGCUCACACUCAUCGUGUUGCAUUCAUAUUUUCAUGCCUUUAUGAACAAGCAUCAGUCAUUUUGAAAACUGAAAUUGAAAUUAAAAUUCUUUCUGUAGAAGACUGGAAACUGGAGUUUCACCUUCCAGUAGCACACACAUUGCCUGAGCUCCAGUGGAAUGAGUUGGAUGAAAUCGUCUAAUCAAAAGUCCAAAUCUAAAUGUAAUGAAUUUAUUGCAAAAACUGAAAAUUAGAUUUUUAUAAAUUUAAUUCAUGCCACAGUUUUUCAGUUUUUAUUUGAAAAACAUUUUGGAAAACCACUUUGUUGGGGUUUUGAACUCUUACAAAGGACUGCAGCAUCUUUAGCCUUGUGCUGUUUUUUAAAUAAUUUCUUCAUCUCUAGGUGUGUGUUUUCAUAACACCUUACAACCCCUCCCCCGGGAGUACAGGUGAAGGUCACUGGAAGACAUCAGAGCUUUAAACUCUUCUCUCACUUUUCAUCGAUGGUCUCAAACCGCAGACUGAAUAUACCGUGUGCCUGAUUUCUAACAGCCAGCUUGAUAAUGCUGGUUUGUUUGAAGAGGUUAUCACAACCAGGGCUAAAGGUGAGUAGGGAAAAAAAAGUAAUUGACCUCCUGAUGAGGAGAGCGCAGCUGCGUCUUUGAAGCGACAUGGUGAUGUGGUGGUCCUUCACGCCGUUACUAGCAUUUCAUUUAGCUCACUAAGAGGAAUUACAUUUGUUCAGCGUUUCCUGCUUGAUUAAUUAGACAAGCAGUAUUAGCUGUUUAAUAUUAAUACUGGAACGUUUCCAUCAGCGUCUCAGCCCGAGCAUCAGAUUAACUUUGUCAAUGUAAACAUUCAAUCAAGUGUCCGAUGGAAAGGCCAAGGCCAGUCAAAGUCACGGUAUCUUGUCCUCCACAGGCCUGGCCAGCGUCCACGGAGGAAUCUCCACCCAGGGCUGGUUUAUUGGCCUCAUGUCUGCCAUCGCUCUGCUCACACUCAUCGUAUUGAUUGCCUGCUUUGUCAACAGAAAUAAAGGAGGAAAGUAUUCCGUGAAAGAAAAAGAAGACCUUCAUCCAGACGUGGAGUCCCAGGGCAUGAAUGAUGACACAUUCUGUGAAUACAGCGACAACGACGAGAAGCCGCUGAAGGGCAGCCAGCGCUCCCUCAUUAGGGAGAUCAAGGUGGCGGACAGCGGGGACAGCCUGGUGGACUACGGCGACGAGGACGUUCAGUUCAACGAAGACGGCUCAUUCAUCGGCGAGUACGGGAGCCGCAAGGAGAAGAGGGUGUCAGCCGAGGUCAAAGCCUCCACUCAGAUCCCAGCGUAAGGAACAGAACGCCCAGUUAGCAUCACUCUACCCACAUGGAACCAACAAACCCAGGAGGACAGAGACGUUAUCAAAGACUGCCGAACAUUUUGUGUCAAAACGUAAUGAGUCAUUGCCAACUGCACACUGCCAUUCUCUAAAGCUCUGUUCCUUCACACUGCAAAACGAGCAUUACUAAAUACCGUGUAUAUAUAGUGUAUAUUGUAUGUGUUGACUGUUCCUUUCUUUUAUAAUUAUCACAAAAACUUUAGAGGUCGUGAUUUGUUUUGUAUUAUUUUCUCUUCAUAUUGGUGUUUUCAGCUGCACUCUGGUUUGUAUAAAUGGUGAACUCACAUUGCGCUCUGUCAUUACAUGAACCACUGACGUCACUGUGUUGCAGGACACAGGCGAUGGGGGAGAAGUUGAUAUUUUUUCAGAUGAGCAAUUAUUACUGACCUUUUUAUAUCUGAAACAAUUCAUUAAAUUUGAUGUAAGAUGUGUAUGAAA